GAGUGAACUUUUCCACUGCAUCAACCAGCUACUUUCUGAGCUCAACCCCCUGUCCCUUCAGUGAGCAGACGGCUCGGAAUGGCUACUGAUGCCAGCGCGCUUGAGGAGCUACAUAGCGAGCUCAGCUGUCCCGUAUGCCUCGACCUCUUCCGUGAGCCGGUGAUCCUCGAGUGCGGACACCACUUCUGCCGUGUGUGCAUUACGCAGUGCUGGGAGGCCAAGUCCGACGAGCACCCGACUUGCCCGCAGUGCCGGAAGACAUGCCCUCAGAAGCUGCGUCCUAACUCGCUUCUGUGUAACGUCGUGGACAGCGUGAGGAGAGCCCGAUCCAUGGAUUUGAAACCCGGGGACGCGGAGCGCACGCAGGAGGAUACAGAAGAACGACAACGGGGGGCCAGUAUGCCCAGCUCCGGUUUCAGUUUCACUGGUUCUUCUCAGCGCCACGAGCCCGACCUUUGCGAGGAGCACGAGGAGAAGCUGAAGCUAUACUGUGAAGAUGAUCAGCUCGCGAUCUGCCUGGUGUGCGGGAUGUCCCGAGUUCACAAGACGCACAACGUCAUCCCCAUCAAUGAGGCGUUCGAGAACUACAAGGACAAGCUGUCCAGAGCCCUGGAGAAAGUACAGCUCCAGACAGGACAGGCUUCUCUCCAUCAGGUCCAGACCAACAACAAGAUCAUGCUCAUCAAGGAGCGAGCUGGGGACAUGGAGGUGCAGGUGAGUGCAGAGUUUGGACGUCUGAGGGAGUUCCUUCUCCAGGAGGAGGAGAGAGUGAAGGAGAGACUGCAGAGGGAGAAGGAAAAGAGGCUCAACCAAUUGGAGGAGGCCCUCAAACACACCACAGAGCAAAUCGGCCAAUUAGAGCAAACCGCCGACCAGCUUCACAUCAAACUCCGAGAGGAGGAGAACCCGGCACAACUUAGGGGAAUCAAAGAUUUUAUUGGAGGGACGGAGAGUGUGUUUGAGCGCCCCCCGGAGGUGCGUGUGGAUCUGCAGGAGGGGGAGUUCCUGGGACCACUGCAAUACCGCACCUGGAGGAGGAUGAACUCUGGGCUUCAGCCAGGUGUGACAGCAGUGACUCUGGAUCCAGACACAGCCUACCCCAGGCUGUGGGUGUCCCCGUGCUGCACCCAGGUCAGUGUGGGGGACAUCCAGCCCAACCUGCCCAACAACCCUGAGCGCUUCACCCGCUACAACAUCGUCCUGGGCAGCCAGGCCUUCACCUCAGGGCAACACUAUUGGGUGGUUGAGGUGGGCACCAAGACGGCCUGGGGGCUGGGGGUGGCAGCCGCUUCGGUCAACAGGAAGGACAAGAUCAGCCUGUGUCCAGACGAUGGCUUCUGGACCCUGGUGAUGAGAGACGGGCGGGACGGGAGCGAGUACGAGGCCUGCACCAACCACGAGGAGAGCCUGCUGCACCCCCCUCGCCCCCCCAGGAGGGUAGGGGUGUACCUGGACUACGGGAGGGGUGUUGUGGCGUUUUACGACGCAGGGGAUAUGAGUCACCUGUUCACAUUCUCCGACACCACGUUCACAGAGCCGGUGUUCCCCUACUUCAACCCCUGGCCAAUCAUCAACGGGAGAAACCGGGAACCUCUUAUUAUUGUUAGCCCAGACCCAGAGGCAUGAGAGAUGUUAGCAAAUGUCAGAGAACACUGAGAGCCAAAUACAAGAAAGGUUAGAAAAGCUGUACAGCAUCAUACUCACUAAUGUACUAACACUAUACCAGUGUUCACUGUUUAUCCAUGGUAACAUAAAGGACAAAUGUUUUGUGUUUGAAGAGAGCACAUGCCAGUGGACUUUAAAGUAAGCUACAUGGGAAAAACGAAUUGAAAAGUACCUUAAAUAUAACAUUCUUAUCCUUACAAAUGGACAGUGCGAACAUUAAAUGACAAUUUCAUAGUAUUAUUCUAUAAAGUAUACAUAGUAAGAUGACAGUGUAUUUGACGUUUUAAUAAAAUAGUAUAUACUGUACAUGUGAAAAGGUA